AUGCUGAUGUUGGCUGUGCUGGGGGUGUGGGUGCUGCCGGGGUUGGUGACAGGCUGCUCGCAGCACAGUCUCAGUGAGGAUGCCAUCCUGGCACAGGCUCAGGAGGAGAUGCUGGAGCGGCUGGGCCUGGACGCACCCCCCAACACCCCCCAGACCCCUCCCCUGGGCACCCUCCACCACAGCAACCCCUUCACCAACCCGCGCCUGGCUCGCCGCCUCACCCGCUGGCUCGCACACCAGACCAGCAAAGACGCUGACAAGUCUGAGGUCAUCUUAUUCCCCAUUUCUGAGAUCCCGUGUGAUGUGCGCGUCGGCGGCUUUGGCGGUGACCACACGUUCCUGUUCCAACCCUCAGCGCACUCCCAGCGCCGCCUCGUCACCGCGGCACAGCUCUGGUUCUACAGCGGGGCAGCGGGGGCGGGGGCGGGCGCGGGGCUGUUCGUGCUGACCGAGAAGGACCGGUUUGUGAGCGCGGCGGAGAGCAGCCGCACACACGGCCGGUGGCUGGUGUUCACCAUCGCCGCGCACCGGCUGCCGUUCCUCUCCCACAAGCUGCUGAUGCUGCAGGUCCGGUGCCCGCGGUGCCCGUGCGGCCCCCCCCACGGCCACCUGCCCUUCAUCCUGUCCAACACCCGGGCGGUGGGUCCCGCCCGCUCCCGGCGCGCCUCCGCGCCCUGGUCCCCGGCCUCUGUCCGCCUCCUGCAGAGACCGCCCUCCCCGGAGAUGGUCCACGACGACUGCCAUCGCUCGGCCGUCAACAUCAGCUUCGCGGCGCUCGGUUGGGGUAACUGGAUCGUGCAGCCGAGCGUCUUCACCUUCUACUACUGUAACGGCACCUGCGCCAACUCCAACCACCUGGCGGCCAGUCCGGCCCUGCGGGAGUGCUGCAGCGCGGUGCCCGGGACCAUGCGGCCGCUCCGGGUCCGCACCACCUCCGACGGCGGCUUCACCUUCAAAUACGAGACCAUCCCCAACAUCAUCACUGAUGAGUGCGCGUGUAUCUGACCCCAAACCCGGGGGUGCGGGUGUUGGGGCUCUCCCCCUUCCCCGAGAGACCGGGAGGGAGGGAGGGAUUGCCGAGGGACAGAGUAACGAACGGGAAUGGUUUCAGACAGUUUCUGUCGGUUUUGUCGCUAUUCCCGUUGCUGUCAGUAUCAAGUCAUUAAACUCUGGGGUCGCUGCUCCCGGUGUCGACGCUGCUUUUAUGGUCAAACCUGUAACUGGAAGCUCUCGGCCUCCGCGCUCACCACCGAUGGUUCAGCAAAGUCUCCUCC